AUGCAGUUGCGGUGGCAUGCGCUGGAAGGAGACCAUCAUGACGACGACGAUAUGCUCUUUCCAGACCAGGACAGCUUCCACUUCUACGAGGACACCCUCCCGUCUGGCGCGUUCUACAAAUGUCAUCGUUCCGCUUCGCGGCCAGCACGUCAAGUCCUUGCGAUCCCUGAGCUGUUCCGCGUCAUCACUACGUUUCAGCGCGGACUCGACAUCGAGUUGGCGCCGAUUUGCCGAUCCUGGCGAAAACAGCUCGAGUAUUGCCAAGCGCCAUACUUAUUGCAAGUGCUUCAUUUGAAUACCGUCGAGAACCAGCGGUUGCUUCAACGACUGUUGCAUGUUCGCCCCGAUAUGUUCACAUGCGACGUGAUGGAUCUGGUUGCGCGCUCUGGCCACUUGGACAUGCUCCAGUACCUCCACGAGCACGGCGCGACCUGCUCGACGGACGCCAUGGACUGGGCCGCGGAGCAGGGACAUUUAGACGUCGUUCGAUUUCUCCACUUUAACCGCACGGAAGGAUGCACACGCGCUGCCAUGGACGACGCCGCGAAGCACGGGCACCUCCAUGUAGUGCAGUUCCUUCACGACCAUCGCUCCGAAGGCGCGACAUUCUACGCGAUGGACAGCGCCGCGAUCAACAACCACCUGCAUGUCGUCGAGUUCCUGCACAAGAAUCGAGCAGAGGGAUGUUCGAAGUACGGCAUGGAUCGCGUGGCGCUCGAAGGACACAUAGACAUGCUUAAGUUUCUGCAUGUGCAUCGCCGCGAAGGGUGCACCGCGAAGGCACUGGAUUGGGCGGCACAGCAAGGACAUCUCGCCAUUGUGAAGUUUCUCCACAGCAUGCGGACCGAAGGCGCGACGCCCGAUGCGUUGACGUGGGCGGCCGAGAAUGGACAUUUCGAAGUUGUGCAGUUUUUAGCCACCCACCGACGCGAAGGGCAUCGGGUCCAUGCGAUUCAAAAUGCCGUAACGAACGGACACGCCGCCAUCGCGCGGUAUCUGCGAAAGAGUCGGCAGAAACAAUGCCAGUGUCACGUACAUGUGCCAGUGAAGUCGCGGCGGCGGCAUCUGCUCGGCCUCCUGUCUUCCGACCCGAGCACACCAUCGCGUUCCAGCAUCGUCGUCUACUUCCACGGCUUUCCCGACCUGUCCGUGCACCCAGAUACGUCGGUAACUCCGGCGUUUGCCAGCCGCUUCCCGAGAAAGCUGAACGAGCUCCUGCCUCUUUCGUUUGACCUGCUCUGUGUCAACUUUUCAGGGCUCCCAGGCUCCGAUCAUGAUGUACCCUACCGAAGCAAACUACUAAGCCAUGAGGUGGACGAUGCCGAUGCUAUCAUUGCGUUCUGCGAGCACGAGUUACGGAUGCGGCAUGUUCACAUAGUUGGCCUCUCCACGGGGGCGAUCCUGGCGUCGCUUGUGCGGAAUCAUGUCGUGCACACUUCACUCCGGUCCAUUUCUGUAGUCGCAGGCAUCGCAGACACGACGGAAGGCGUGCACUUGGAUUUCUCCAUCGAUCAACAAGCCCAAGCUCAAACCGACGGCUUCUGCCUCACUCCGUUCUACUGGCCACCCAAUUGGCCACUCCCUCCUGACGCUGUCGACGUGGACAGUUCUACGGGAAAGCUUUGGCGCCCGCUAGAUCAUGGAUACCUUGCGGACAUGGUGGCAUUGGAUAUUGGGGUGAGCGUUGGCCUAGGAAAAGUCCCAUUCCUUGUCAUCCACGGCGAUCACGACAAGAGCAUCCCGUGGCAGCAGGGAGAGGCUUUGUUCUCCGCUGCCGCCCACCCCAAGGAAUGGCUCUUGAUCAAGGGGGCGAACCACCUCUUGACGAAUGCGAAGCAUGUGAAGAAAGCUGUGGCCGAGAUACAAGCGCACAUGCUCGCGUCGGAAGCGGCGGCGGCAUAACUCCAUUUGAUAGAAUGGUCAACGUAGUCACGUUAGCAUGAAUUGCUGUGAUAGAUUGUUGUGUACUUUGCUGCCUGUGGAUCGACUCAUCAAGUCAAUCGAAAAACAUUAAGUUUCCGA